AUGGAUUUCGCAAAUACGCUCGACUUCUUCGAGCCAGUCGACGAAGCUAUUACGAUAUUUCUGGAUAAUAUCUCUGAUUAUCCAACGAGCUUCUCCGCCCUGAUGCUUCCUCUCCUGGACGUAGUUGCAGAAGUCGCAAACCACGUGUUGGUGAACGAAGGAAAGCUUGAAUUCCGCGAUGUCAGUGCGGAUGGAUUCGAGCUUGAGUAUGAGAUGCUCAAGAUCGAAGAUGUCGUGGUCGUCAAGCUGACGACGGUAUCGUUUGAUGAGUAG